UCCCCUUUAUUUUGGGCUUCGUGGUCAAGUCACCUGUCGUAUACAAUAAAAUCCUAGAAACCUCAAGGUGACUUCCCUUGCCUCCUCCUCUACCCAAAGAAUAUUCCAAUGCAACUAAAAAUAAAAAUAAAAAAACCUUACAGAGGUACAUGGGUUGCGCUAGAACACGAAAACUUUCGAACAAAGAUCACCAUCUUAGAAAUUUAGCUCGCUCGAACAAGGUCUACACCAGCAGCUUCAGUGGGUGCUGUUGUUUUUGUUGAUUCUAUCCACUGAGGUGCAUGGAAAGUCCAUUUAAGUCGAUGGCAAUGAGCUCUGAUCAAGACACUCGUAUCCUUGCUUGUACGCAUGAUAGAUUGAGUGGUCUUCCAGACCAAGUUAUUUAUCAUAUAUUCUCCUUCCUUGGAGCUAAUGAUACUGCACGUCUUGGUUUAGUAUCGAAAAGGUUUAAAAAACUGUGCUCCUCUAGCCCUUACUUGAAUUUCGUUGCGGAUUUUGAUUCUGGUUCUGAUCAUAGCUGUUUAAGAACAAGGUAUACUGAUUUCUGCUCUUAUGUCGAUAAAGUUCUGCGAUCGCGCGAAAAGACUGGAGAAGGGUUAAUACGUUUGCUUGUUCAUUGGUUUUGCAAGCAAAGAAGGUUUGAUAUUGGAGGGAGUGUUGUUAAUUCAUGGGUUACUGUUGCUACAAAGUGUGGUGUUGAGGAACUCGACAUGCUAGUCCAUGUAGAUUCAUUAAAAGGCUAUUCUUUGCCGGAUUGUGUUUAUAAAUGUGAAUCUUUGAGGGCUUUGAAAUUGAAUUUGCAGAUGGGAAGGUUCAGUUUUCAAAUACUAGGGUUUGACUGGCUCAAGGACUUAUGGCUAGAUUCAGUAACAAUAGGGGAUAAAUAUUUUGGACAAAGAAUUUCGGAUCGGUGUAAAUGUCUUAAAAGGUUAACUCUUGAGAAUGUUGAUGGUAUCAGUGAUCUCACUAUGACAAGCUCAUCUCUUGAAGAGCUGGAAAUAAGUGAUUGCAGAUUUCCAAAUAGUUUCUUUGAUGGGAAAUUUAACAUAUCUUGUUCAUCUCUCAAGGUCUUGACAAUAUCCAGGUGCCAAUUUAAAGCCUUGUGGCAUGUUAACCUUAAUUGUCAAUCUCUGGAAAAUCUGACAGUCCAGGACUCUGAGUUUGGCAGAUUUUUUGUUUGUAAGAUAGAUUGUGAGUCUCUUGAAACUCUUGAAGUCUGUGGGUCUAAUUUCCUUGAAGCAUGCCAACUCCUGGUUGAUUGUCCAUCUCUUAUCCAUGCCAUGAUUAGCAGCUGCAGGUUUGCAAAUGUUUGCUUUCUGAACAUCAAAAGCUCUUCCCUUGGAGGUUUAACUCUAUCCGAGUGCAAAUUUAGCUCCCCGGAAAUUGGGUCCCAAUACUCCAAGCCAAAAAAAGAGAUCAAAGUAGGUGCCGGUCCCUGCAGACGCAUUAUUAUGAAGGCUGAAAACCUUGAGACAUUGAAUGUAAGCUCAUCAGACGCUUAUUCAUAUGAAUUUCCUUUGUCGAUUUCUGCUCCCAAACUCAAGGAUUUAUGGUGGACUGGAGAUCCCGUAGAUUUUAGUUAUCUGAACCAGGGCAUGGUGUCGCUAUUGAACGCUAGAAUUCAUAUUAAGCCUACUUGUCGGCAUAGAAGUGAGGAAUCUGAUCGUCGGUGCAAGCAUUCAAAGAGUUUAAUUUAUUGUGCUGCCAAGUUCCUUCAGUGUUUAAGUGAAGCCAGAUUCUUGAGUAUAAACACGUGGCCUAUUGAGAUUUUCUUUAUGCAGAAUGAUUCUCCGAUAGUUUUCAAGAAGCUACAGAACUUGGUUCUACUAACCGAUGGUUCAUUUGCAGACCAAAUCCCAACCAUAGCCUCCUUCCUCAGGGGAUUGCCUAAUCUUAGGAGACUAAUAAUAAGAUGUGAACAGAUAUCCCAUGAACUUUCUGAUCCAAAUCUGAUUAAUUUGCUGGGCUUGAAUUCAAGGAGCUUUAAUCUGACAGGCGUCGGCCAGGAUUUGAAAAACGUGAAGAUAGAAGCUGUGCAGGGUCAGGCUCAGUCGUGUGUGCAGAAUGCUGGGAAGAGAAGAUAAUUGCUUUUAGUUCAAGAUUUUUUUAUACAAGUAAUACCAGUUGAGCUACGAGCAAAUGGGCACCUUUUCUCUAAUCUAUUAUUGAGUUUUGUAUCAAACCACUGUAUCUGUCCUUGAUACAUUGAAUCAUCUCUCUAAUCCAUCGUUUUAAGUUUGUUCUUUACAA